AUUGGCUCAGUGCUGUUCCCUGCAUCGGCCCUGCAUGCCUGUCUUUGUCAGGGUCCCGCAAGGUUUCCGUGUGGAGGAGAAGUGGUGGGAAUGCUGCGGAGAAGUUGCGGAAGAGUUGCGGGCAUCUGACAAAGCGGCGAGUCCCACUCUUUCCGAGGCCAUGCAUUGACCGACACAGCCCUCGAUAACAGACUUCUUGGGCGUUUGGUUUGACUAGAUAUAACUCCGCUCCUCUUCCAAAUCUCCCUGUGAAAAGAGAGACCAUCAUCUCAUUCAGGUUCAGCACCCAUUGCAGCCAACGCUCCAUUACACUUCCCCAACAACCGCAGAAACAUCCGCCACCAUGUCUGCCAACACCAAAAAGAUCCUCGCCGUCCUCGGUGCGACCGGCCACCAGGGCGGCUCCGUCAUCGAUUUCGUCCUCAACGACCCAGUCCUGUCUGCCGAAUACUCCAUCCGAGCGCUCACCCGCGACCCCUCCUCCGCCUCAUCCCAGGCCUUGCUUGCCAGAACCAACAACAACAUCGAGCUCAUCCAAGCCGACGUCACCUCGCGCGACUCCCUCACCACCGCCUUCCGCAGCGCGCACACCGUCUUCUCCGUCACCACCCCGACCUUCGGUCCCCUGGCCCUCGAGACGGAGCUCGCCACCGCGUCCGUGAUCGCCGACGUCGCCGCCGAGCAGGGCGUGCAGCACUUCAUCUGGUCGACCCUCACCAACUUCAGCGAGGCCUCGGGCGGCAAGUACACCCGCGUCACGGCGUUUGACGCCAAGGCCCUGGCGGAGAAGUACAUCCGCGGCCUGGCGGCGCAGGGGAAAUUCCGGGCCUCGUUUUUCUCGGCGGGUUCGUACAUGGAGAACUUUGCGGACCAGGCGUUCCUCGCGCCGCGCAAGCGGGUCACCACCACCGGAGAAGAAGAGUGGGUGCUCUCCCGCCCGUGCGAGUCGACAGCCGCGCUGCCGCUCAUCGCAGCAAAGGCGGACGUGGGAAAGUUUGUCGGCGCCAUCCUCGCCGAGCCGGACAAAUACGCCACCACCACAGGCGCGGCCGAGCCCGACGGCCGCGGGAGGACCCUGUGCGCGGCCACGGCGAUGUACAGCUUUGACGAGAUUGUGCGGAUCGCGAGCGCUGCCACGGGCAAGAAGAUUGUGUACGAGCAGAUCUCGCUCGACGAGUUCGCCGAGAGCCUCAAGAUGCUCCCGCUCAACCUGGGGGACAUCUUUGUCGACGCGUACGCGGCGUAUGCGGUGACUGGGUACUUUGGCGCCGAGUCGGAGAAGGAGGUCGAGUGGGCUGUCAAGCAGGCCAGGGGGAAGUUGACUACGCUGGAGGAGUUCUUUGCUGGCAGGCCUUGGGUUUUGGAGUGAACGAGGGGGCUUUCUAUCUCAUGGCAAUCAGAUGUCAGCACUUCUGACACUUACUGUUUUCUUAUUUGUACGUAGAGUGUAUUUUCACGUAGAUUUAAGUGAAGUCUUUGUGGCUAGCAUGCCGGUAA